GAAUGAGAAAGUCUAUCAUUAUCUUACUUCUUGGUUUGUCUGUUGCAACAGCAUUCCUGUUCCCAUCCGGCGGAGGUGGCGGUGGUGGCGGAGGCUGCGGAGGUGGAUGCGGCGGAGGCGGAGGCUGCGGUGGAGGUGGAGGCUGCGGAGGAGGAUGUGCUCCACCACCACCACCACCAGCAUGCGGUGGUGGAUGCGGAGGAGGAGGUGGAGGAUGUGGAGGAGGAGGUGGAGGAUGCGGAGGAGGAGGAGGAUGUGGAGGGGGAGGUGGAGGAUGCGGUGGCGGAGGAGGCGGAUGUGGAGGCGGAGGAGGAUGUGGAGGAGGAUGUGCUCCACCACCACCACCACCAGCUUGCGGAGGAGGAUGCGGAGGAGGAGGUGGAGGAUGCGGAGGAGGAUGCGGAGGAGGAGGUGGCGGAGGAUGCGGAGGAGGAGGAGGUGGAGGAUGCGGAGGCGGAGGUGGAGGAUGCGGAGGAGGAGGCGGAGGAUGCGGAGGAGGAGGCGGUGGAUGCGGAGGAGGAGGUGGAGGAGGAUGUGGAGGAGGAGGCGGAGGAGGAUGCGGUGGUGGAUGUGGACGCAAGAAGAGAGAAGCCAUCAAUGUUGUUGGACACGAUGAUCUUAACAAAUGCAACAACGAAGAGCUCCGUAUCAUUCUCAACGAGAACACCAAGGAAACCGUCGCUGAAUCUAUCAAGACCCUCAAGGAGAAGGUCGCUGGCCAAGACUACAUUGUUGUCUGUAACGAGAAGCCAGCUCCAUUCACCGCUGAGACGGACGACUUCUGCUCACUUCAAAAAGAGAAUGUUCACUGCACAAUCCUUAGAAUCAACCAUAAGGAAGUUGCUGAGAAGAACGAAGAAGACAAGAAAGAAGAGGAGCCAAAGAAGGAGGAGGAAAAGAAGGAAGAAGUAGAGAAAAAGGAAGAAGAUGAGAAGAAGGAUGAGGAGCCAAAGAAGGAAGAGGAAAAGAAGGAAGAGGAGCAGAAAGAGGAAGUAGAGAAGAAGGAGGAAGAGGAGAAGAAGGAUGAAGAGCCAAAGAAGGAAGAGGAAAAGAAGGAGGAGGAAGAAAAGAAGGAAGAUGAGGUCGAGGAAAAGAGCGAGAAGGUCGAGGAGAAGGAACUCGAACCAAAGAAAGAUGAGGAGGAAACCAAGAAGAACUGAAUAUCUUCGUUACCCUUUUCUAGACAACUUCUCACAAACGUCAAUAAUAUUUAAUUUCUAAUUUCAACUUGAUCAUUUGCUCAAUUUUAAUUUGCAAUAAAAUUGUGAAAAUUCAAA